AUGAUUUCGCCGCCGGUUGAUCGGACCGAUAACGGUGAAUCCGCCAUGGUUUCCGGUGAAUCUCAGAGAUCUGUUCCGACCCCGUUUCUAACCAAGACUUUUAACCUCGUCGAAGAUCCUUCCAUCGACGAUAUCAUCUCCUGGAACGAUGAUGGUUCUUCCUUCAUCGUCUGGAAUCCAACUGAUUUCGCUAAAGAUUUGCUUCCUAAACACUUCAAACACAACAAUUUCUCAAGCUUCGUUCGUCAGCUCAACACUUACGGAUUCAAAAAACUUGUUCCCGAUCGUUGGGAGUUUUCGAAUGAUUUCUUUCGGAGAGGUGAGAAACGUCUUCUCCGCGAGAUCCAACGACGGAAAUUAACUGCUCCGUUGCCGGAAGUUGUUCAGAGAAUACAGACGGUUAAACCGAUUGUAUCUCCGUCUAAUUCAGGGGAAGAUCAAGCGGUUUCUCCCUCGUCUUGGUAUUGUCAAACCGGAACCGGAAAUGGUGGUUUAAUAUCGGUUGAGUUAUUAGAAGAGAACGAGAAGCUUCGGAUUCAGAACAUACAGCUUAAUCGUGAGCUUACUCAGAUGAAAUCUCUCUGUGAUAACAUAUUUAACCUAAUGUCGAAUUACGCCGGAUCUCAGCCUGAUCGGAGCUAUUCUCCGGGAAGGAGUAGUAGUCACGACGCGAUUAAACCGGUUGAGUUUUUACCGGCGAAGCGAUUUUCAGGUGAGACUGAGGUUGUGGUUGUGGAGGAAGAAGCGAGCCCGAGGUUGUUCGGUGUUCCGAUUGGGCUUAAACGGACGAGAAGUGAAGGAGUUCAGGUGAAGACGACGGUGAGGGAAGAGAAAACCGGCGGAGGUGUGGAGGAGACGACGCCGUGGCUUAGACAUUAUAAUCGGGCCAAUCAGAGAGUCUGUAAUUAA